AUGGGUUUAAAGUGUUUCAAAAAUGACACCGAUUUGAUUCAUGGACUGUUCGCCACUUCGUGUGAAGAAUUCAUGUUUAACGUGACCUAUCUGAAUUUACCUUAUAAAAAUUGUACGGAUAUAUUUAAAUUUCACGAACUGGAAAUGGGUUACUGUUUUGUGGCAAAUAACUUAAUUGACGCCUCAUCUUAUGAAGAAUUGCCAUUAAAAUUUGGAGCUCGCGAUACAGAUUAUAGCUUGAAAUUAUAUUUAAAAGUUGGUUUCAUAUGGAAAUACGAGAUGUAUGUCAAUAGCCCGGAAAAUUUGCCACAUUUCGAUUCGGUUACCUACGAUGUUCUUUCGGAUCCGACUGUAUAUCUCUUUAAUGUUGAAGAAUAUCACAAUGAUAUCGCUGUUCGUCAUGAACCAAUAACAUCGAGAUUAUGUAAAUUUCCAGAUGAAAAGGAUGAAGGCUCACCUUGGCAUUAUAGUACUUCUACUUGCAUGUCUUACCUGAGAAUUCAAUACGAAUUGAAAGAAUGUAAUUGCACGCAUUUUACUUCACCAAAAAGAUAUAAGUCAAAAUAUUGCGAUGUUGAAGGCUUAAAAUGUAUUUCAGACGCACAAACAUCCGUGAAAACCAAAAAUUACGCAAUCCAAAAUAGAGCCUGUUAUCCAUCAUGUGUCGAGCAGCUUAUCACAACUGUUGGAUCCAUUCAUUUAAAUAAACUUGAAACCGAUGGCAUGGCUUUCGUGAACAUCAAAAUAGCCAAUUUACCUACAGUACGUUAUAGUCGCGUCGUAACAGCAACUUAUUUGGACUUAGUUGUAUCUGUAGGUGGAAUUAUCGGACUUUUUGUUGGCAUUUCAGCCAUAAACAUUCUGGAGUUAUUUUAUUGGUGUUUGUGCAGAAGAAAUUAA